UUUUUAUAAAUUGUCGAUUUUUAUUUCAUUUAUUGUUUUCAUCCUGUUUUCUUGUAUCAGCAUUUGGUCCACCUGGAGAAUAGUGUUACACUUCGAAUGUGGCAUCUUGAAAUCUAGGUUAAUAAAUAGAUCUAAACUGAAACUUGUAUUGGGUGGGGAAGUUUUUGCCUCCACACAGCAUCAUAGUGUGACAGAACAACAGAGGCCAUGGCGGGGCGCUUACAUUUCAUUUCAUGUAAUAACAUGCCAUGUCCACUCCAGAAGAAAAAUUUCAGCCAGCAGCAGUAACCUCAUCAUCUUCUUUUCCACCUGUAGACUUAACCAUGAAUAAGAAGGGUACAUACACAGAUGCUGGGUCACCCAAGCCAGCACAGACUACCCGGGCCAGCAUGAAGUACGUCAGCUUGGUGCUGCUGACCUUGCAGAAUGCUGUGCUUAUCCUUGUCAUGCGCUAUGUGCGCAUCAGAGAGGGCGACAUGUUUGUUGCCACCACAGCUGUAAUCAUGUCCGAGUUGUUUAAAUUUUGCACAUGUCUACUGAUUAUCUUCAUUCAGGAAGGAAGUGUGCAGCGUUGGCUUCAACUUCUGUACCAGGAUAUCGUCUGUGAACCAUUGGAUUGCCUCAAAGUCUGUGUGCCGUCCCUUGUAUAUGUACUGCAAAACAACUUGCUGUAUAUAGCAGUUUCCAACCUGGACGCAGCCACAUUCCAGGUGACAUACCAGCUGAAGAUCCUCACUACUGCCAUCUUUUCGGUGGCCAUGUUGAAAAAGCAGCUGAGCCGCUUCCAGUGGUUCUCUUUGGUCAUCCUAUUUGUGGGCGUGGCCAUUGUGCAGAUGCAGCCAGAGAAUACAGGCAGUAAAACUAAAGUGGCAACAGAACAGAGCCCAAUUAAAGGACUGGUGGCAGUGAUCAUCUCUUGCUUUAUGUCAGGUUUCGCAGGCGUUUACUUUGAGAAAAUUCUCAAGGGCACUCGACAGUCUGUUUGGUUGCGCAACAUUCAGCUGGGAGCGCUGGGUGCGGUCAUUGGGCUGGUCACCAUGUACGUCAAGGACGGGGCCACAGUGCAGGAGAAGGGUUUCUUCAAUGGCUACGACUUGGUGGUGUGGUUUGUUGUCUGUCUCCAGUCUUUCGGUGGACUGCUGGUUGCUGUGGUUGUCAAGUAUGCAGACAACAUCCUCAAGGGUUUCGCUACCUCAGCAGCCAUUAUUCUUUCGUGUGUGGCCUCCAUGUACUUCUUUGAAUUCCAGCUCUCUCUACAGUUCACCGUUGGAGCAGCCAUGGUGAUGUUGGCUGUGUACGUGUACAGUAAGUAUGUGCCAACUCAACAGAACCCGCCUUUGCUAAAUGCCCCUGGGAGAAAAGUGUGACUGUCAAAGAAGACAAGGAUGUAGGAAAUCUUUAGGACCUUCUAGCAUUACUGAAUUUGUGCUGUUGAUGUACAAGGAUAAUUAGACAAAUAUUAUUAAACCAAAAGUGUAUGGUUGUUCCCUUUGCAAAGAUGUGAUUUAUGGAGUAUACAUUUUCAUGUUCUUUUGGACUCAGUGAUUAGUUGCAAGUGAUUGUGUGCCUCAUAAUCAUUUGUUUUGUGCAAACUGAUGAUUGUUUUACUGAUAAGUUUAAAGCUGAAGAUGGAUAGAAAGAGAAGAAUGAAUUAAUGUCAUGAUUGAUAUGAUAACUUAUUAUGAAAGUUAUGGGAUUCUGAAGGGUCCCGAAACAUGUUUUCUCUUUAUUCGCCGAUGAUAAAAAGGGACAAAUUUGUUGUUGUAUGUGUGUUUAUAGCUUUUCAUUUCUUCAGUAUAAGAAAUUUGAUUUGCUGUAUGUAUACCAAAAACUUACAGCUUGCAAUGUUAUGCAGUUAUAAACUGCAAAUAUUGCUGGCAAUGUCCAGUUCAAGGACACACCCCGGUAACUGACAAUUCGAAAGCUAUUGUCACUCUUUGUUGCUCAACAAUUCUUAUUUCAGUAUCUCCUUCAGGGAGCAAUUCUUGUGAACUAACAUGACUUACCAUGAGCAGUUUUUAUGAAUCAAUAUCACUUGCCACUCAACUGCUGAGGCCCAAAUUACGGAGUGUGCAAAGUGAAUCCAAAUGGAAAAAGGGCUGGAAGGAUGUCGAGUCUUGGAAAAACUUUUUGAGACUUGCCAGAACAUGGUGUUUCCUUCACUUAAACUUGUAAUUUUAUAAUAGAAUUAUAUAAUGGUAGAUUCAGUCACAUUUCUUAGCGUGCAUCUGUAGUAUGCCAUGACAUGUUUUGUUCUCAAGUACAUGUACUGUAGUUGUGCUGCUGUUUGAUUCUUGUAUUUCAUCCAGCACUGGGCCGCAGAUUCUCUGCCUUAUUUUCUUGGUUCAUCAAAAUGAUUUAUGUUGAUAGUUUGUAAUGAACAUGGUGAUAUUCCUUUUUGUUAAUAUUUGAUCAAUGCUGUGGGAACCUUUUGUAAAAAAAAUUGUUAAAAGUUUGUUGUGCAUUAUUUGAAUGUUUAAUGUAAUUUUUAUUCUUACCAUUCUAAAGUAUUACCAAGAACCAUGUAUUUUACCUUUUGCCAUAUAUUAUUAAUGCAGUUCCUAAGUUAUAGAAUUAUUUCUGCGGAUCCUAGAUCAUAGCUUUCUAUUUUCCAGUCAUUGCCAAGUGUCUCUACAGUUGCUUAAUUAUAUUGGGUUUUUUUCUUUUAGAAGAUGCAAUCAAUACUAAUUGUCUUGUUAGGGAUUUUUUGCUUGUGGUUCAAUAUUUUGUUUGCCCAGGUUAUGAUUAUAAAUUAUGUACAUAAUCAUCUUCUUUUUUGCCCUCUUUUUUUUUGUUUUGUUAAAAAAAACAAAAAACAAAUAGGUACUUGUGGUCAAUGGCCUCAGGUAUAGAGGCUCAUAGAUUCUGAAAGUAGUGUGUUUAUGAUGUGGGUGUAUGCCUUUUCUUCCACCUUGUAUGUUUGUUAUGGAUGUCUUGAAGUUUUGAAGGCUGUGCAUCAGAACACAAUGUGACUUCUGUGACUUCAUUUGUGAAUGUGAUACCCAAUUGAGUAUCCAGAAGAUCCUUUUUAGAAUUGAACUGAAACAGACUGAUUGUGUGAAAAAGUGAUUUAAACGAAUGAAAGUUAUUUUGAAUAUGCUUUUUUGAUAAUAUGCAAGUACUUAAACAGUUUGAGUACUUUUUCAUUUUGUUGUGUACGCAUAGAGCUGGUCUACCGUAGCAUAAUUAGCUACAAACCUGUUGAUUUAUGUGGAAAGUGGAGGCUCUAGACUCGAGCUCUGGUCAGGUUUGUGGGAUUUUAAUUUCUCUCGUUAUUCAGGGAUUGUAAUUUACUUUGGUCUAGGUGUCCUGAUGUGGCACCUAGUUAACUAGUAUUGAAAUGAUAAUAAAAAUAUUAAUAUAGCAUAUUUGUAUAACACAAGUUUCUGCUGAACAGCAAAUCUGAUAUGCUUUAUUGUUUAUAGUAUUACCCUAGCUUUCUUAAACAAUUUGAACUUCCUGGGAAGCAUACAAAUGAUUUACAUAUAUGUCAAGUCAGAUGUUCUACUAAAAGAAAUAAAGACAAAAGCU